AUGAGCUUUUUUGGUUGUAAUGCCUUCCGCGAAGUCGGUUGGAAUCCCACCUUCAAGGCUCAAGGUCAGGUUUACCACCGGAUUGGAUCUCUUUUGCCGGAAACUGCCACUGAUUCGGCCUUUCUACAAAUAUACUUCAUAGCUGACUACAAUCAACAGGCAGAUGCCCGCAUGGGCAUUAUUCCCGAAAACGAUAUAGGCCAGGACAAUCAUCCUCGCAGGGAUAUCAUAAUGAGUCUCCAACAAAUGCUCCACGAGACAAAAAGCUAUGUCCGCAGUUUUAAGUAUGCUCUCAAAAAUAACACUUCUUCUGAUUUCAUUAUUGUAAUUAAUGCUGACAAACGGCAUCAGGGAGAGCACGAACGUCUUUACAAUGCUCCCGCAAGUAACGAAGUUUCCGUCAUUGUCAGCGGUGAUCAGCACAACAGACGUGACAUUGUUAUCGAAUCGCGCGGCAGUGGGCUCCGAAGAAUCAGUGAAACGCACCGGUCCUACGAUGCAUUGCAAUACCCACUUCUCUUCCCUUAUGGAGAAGAUGGGUACAACUUUGGAAUCCUGCAAAAUAAGUCCACCAUAAAAGCAGUGUCUUGCAGGGCUUUCUACGCCUACCUGAUGGCACAUGAGGGUGCAUUCAAUCAUCAUCAUCGAAGCCGGGAACUUUUCCAUCAAUUCAUAGUAGACAUGCCUGCUAAGAUGGAAUCCGAAAGACUCUGUUACAUCAGAUUGAAUCAGACCAGGUUACGCUGCGACUUUAACAUUCACCUCCGUGAUGCUUUACGAAAUGACGCUGAUCCACGCAAUAUAGGCAAGAUGUGCAUAGUACCUGCAACGUUCACAGGCAGUCCACGAUACAUGCACGCGAGGACGCAAGACGCGAUGUCAUACGUUCGUAAGUACGGCCGUCCAGACCUAUUCAUAAUUUUCACGUGUAAACCAUAA